GAGAUGGACCGAAAGAUGGCGGACAUCGAUUCAAUAAAGGAGGCCUUCCGCUCUCUGGACCUCUACUGCCCUGUGGUUAAUCCCAAGACUAAAGCACGGAUCUGCAGAAAGUGUCCCGACAGCUGGAGACUAUUUGAGAACAAAUGCUACUUCUUCUCGUCUCGCAAGCUCAGCUGGAGCUCCAGCAGAGCCUGGUGCCAGACACAAGGGGGCGACCUGCUCAUCAUCAACAGUGAACCAGAACAGAGCUUUGUCUUUGAGAGCAGCCAGGCUCCUCAGACGAGCAGCAGGCUGUGGAUCGGUCUGACGGAUGCGGAGGAAGAGGGUGAAUGGAGAUGGGUGGACGGCAGCCCGCUCACUUCAGAUGUCCAGUACUGGCUGAGCAGACCAGGACUGGGGACGGAGCCGGACAACUGGAAGUUGGACAACCCUCUUGGAGAAGACUGUGGACACAUGGACGCCAGUGAAAACGCUCUCAAGUCCUGGAUGGAUGGUUCCUGUGAGAUACCUUAUAGAUGGAUCUGUGAAAAGAAUGUUUAAAUCGUCCAAGAACAUUUUUAUUUCUCAUUUCAUGUUGUAAAUAUACUUUUUAAUACGGAGGAUAUUAUAGGACUAUAUGUUUGAUGUGUACUGUACAUACAUGACAUCUGAGUGGUGAUAGUGUACAUGUUUCUUUCCAAAUAAAACAAAAAUUAGUCUUCAGAGUCCAAUUUUCCAUUUGCUCUAUUGCAGGAAAUAAAAACAGAAUCUGUCAA